CUGGCGCUUCUCAGUGGCGCCGGGGCGGCCGGGAUGGCUGGUUGUGGCCGCUGCGCCGACCGGGAUGUGCUCCUGGACAUGUGCUGCCCCAUCAUCGCCGACUCGGGCUGCGGCUGCAGCCUGGAGCUGUGCUGCAAGAUCCAGGGCUUCUACAGCGCGAUCUGGAGCGCCAGCAAGACCCUGGUGCUGAGCCUGGUCCUGGACAGCCGGCUGAAGGAGGGCAGCUCCGCGUACGCCUGGGCCGCCGCCAUGCCCGUCGCCUUCCUGGCCACCGGCAUCGCCGUCAACGCCCUCGCCUCGCUCGCCAGCGUCGCCUUCCUCGUGGGGGUGUACCAGAAGAGGCCGAACUUCCUCUCACCCUACCUGCUGGCCGUCCUCGCCCAGAUGGUGAUGCACGUCAUGGCCGUGAUGCUGUUCGCGGACGACUCCAUCCACUUCUUCGUCAUCGGCCUCGUCGAGACCUGCCUGCUUAUCUACAUGCUCCGCGGGGCGACCAGCCACCGAUUCUUCCUGAGGGACGCAAAAGCUGGACCCACGUUGAGCAGCAAUGCUUCCACUGAUGUGACUGUCGUGGUCAUGGAAGGACAGCAGAACCCAUCUGGCGCCAUCCAACUAACCAAUUUGUCAGCCGAAACCGGAAAUGCGGCAUAACAAGCUCAUCCCCAGGGAGAACAAAAAAGUCCAAAUUAUGUCAAUAAUCUUUGGUCAAAAUUUGGUCCAUUUUGAUGUCCAAAUGACAUCAUUUGAUCAGUUUGAUUUGAUUUUGACUGCCUGUUCUCCUUGGGUCGCAAAGCCACGCCCGUGUACGUAUACGUGGGCCAUCUAAAACCAUGUACCUGUGUCAAUGUCAGUGUACCUGUCAAUAAUAAAGUCUCCUUUUUGCAA